AUGAGGGCUGGGGUCCAUGGGGCCACGGCCGUGCUGGCGUUUGUCCCCACCGGAGCAAGGAGCCACAAGGUUCGAUCGGGAGCGGGAGCGGAGAGCGGACCCCAGAGAGCCCUGAGCAGCCCCACCGCCGCCGCCGGCCUAGUUACCAUCACACACCGGGAGGAGCCGCAGCUGCCGCAGCCGGCCCCAGUCGCCGUCACCGCAGCCCUGAGCAGCCAGGCCGAGAGCCAGCAGCCGCCCGCCGCCCCGCCCGCCGCCCCCGCCCUCAGCGCUGCCGACACCGAGCCCCGCACCACGGGCAGCGGCGCAGGGAGCGGCGUCCCGGGCGGCCGCGGGGACAAGAAGGUCAUCGCAACGAAGGUUUUGGGAACAGUAAAAUGGUUCAAUGUAAGAAACGGAUAUGGUUUCAUCAACAGGAAUGACACCAAGGAAGAUGUGUUUGUACACCAGACUGCCAUAAAGAAGAAUAACCCCAGGAGGUACCUUCGCGGUGCAGGAGAUGGAGAGGCUGUGGAGUUUGAUGUUGCUGAAGGAGAAAAGGGGGCAGAGGCAGCAAACGUCGCAGGCCCUGGUGGAGUUCCAGUGCAAGGCAGUAAACAUGCAGCAGACCGCAACCAUUAUAGACGUUAUCCACGUCGUAGGGGUCCUCCACGCAAUUACCAGCAAAAUUACCAAAACAGUGAGAGUGGGGAAAAAAACGAGGGGUCAGAGUGUGCUCCUGAAGGCCAGGCCCAACAACGCCGGCCCUACCGCAGGCGACGAUUCCCACCUUACAACAUGCGGAGACCCUGUGGGCGUCGACCACAGUAUUCCAACCCUCCUGUGCAAGGAGAAGCGAUGGAGGGUGCUGGCAACCAGGGUGCAGGAGAACAAGGUAGACCAGUGAGGCAGAAUAUGUAUCGGGGUUAUAGACCACGAUUCCGCAGGGGCCCUCCUCGCCAAAGACAGCCUAGAGAGGAUGGCAAUGAAGAUGAUAAGGAAAAUCAAGGAGAUGAGACCCAAGGUCAGCAGCCACCUCAACGUCGGUACCGCCGUAACUUCAAUUACCAACGCAGACGCCCAGAAAACCCUAAACCACAAGAUGGCAAAGAGACAAAAGCAGCCGACCCACCAGCUGAGAAUUCGUCCGCUCCCGAGGCUGAGCAGGGCGGGGCUGAGUAAAUGCCGGCUUACCAUCUCUACCAUCAUCCGGUUUAGUCAUCCAACAAGAAGUGAAUAUGAAAUUCCAGCAAUAAGAAAUGAACAAAAGAUUGGAGCUGAAGACCUUAAGUGCUUGCUUUUUGCCCGUUGACCAGAUAACUAGAACUAUCUGCGUUAUCUAUGCAGCAUGGGGUUUUUAUUAUUUUUACCUAAAGACGUCUCUUUUUGGUAAUGACAAACGUGUUUUUUAAAAAGCCUGGUUUUUCUCAAUACACCUUUAAAGGUUUUUAAAUUGUUUCAUAUCUGGUCAAGUUGAGAUUUUUAAGAACCUCAUUUUUAAUUUGUAAUAAAAGUUUACAACUUGAUUUUUUCAAAAAAGUCAACAAACUGCAAGCAUCUGUUAAUAAAGGUCUUAAAUAAUAAUAAUAAAAAAAAAGAA